UCGUCUUGGAGGCCUCUGAGGCUGCCUGGAAGCCAUCAUGGGUGUGUGUUUUUGCGUUGCAAGAACAUUUGAACGGAGGGUAGUUUCCCUCAGAAUAGCUUCUACCAUCCCGUUCAGCAAGCUGUUCGGGAAAAAACACCUACUGCGGAUUCUGCAGGCCUUUGAUCAGAAGAACCCCGAUGGCUCAAGCCACACGGGAUAACUGAGAAGAGCCCCGAUGAUUCCGACAAGAGGAGGAAGUAGGAGCGGGGGCUCGAGCGGGAGGCCAGGCGAGCCGUCAGCCGGAGGGCACGGCUGCCCGUGCGCGAAGAGCCAAGCCCACGCUUGCUUCUCCUGAAGGGUCGAGUCCCUCCCCCACAUGCUGCCACCAGGGAUGCAGCCAUACAGGGAAGAGCACUGUUCAGAGGCCCUCGGCCUUGCAGAAACCUCCAUGGCAAAUGCACCACAUAGAGCCACACGCGGCCGAAGGCAAAAUUCAAACAUUUACUCAUGGGAGGCGCACUUCGCCUUUUACACCCGCACUACGCUUCCAAUCUUACACCAGCAUGGCGAAUCGACGGGUAAAACCGUGCAACAUCACAAGGCAUACGCUUCCAAAUUCAUUAUUCUCAUCCUGCUCCGGCUGAUUCCUGAUUCCUGAUGCCGGAUGGCGAAAAGAAACCUCGAUUGUCGCCCUCCGCCCCCCCCAAGGCUGGUCGUCGCUGGAGGCUUUGAUCAAACGAAAGCCAGGUGACACCUAGAGCACCGCUCCAGGGAAAACGGGGGAAGCAGACAGACAGACAGUCCAGAGGAGGAUGGGAGGAGUGAGGAAGAAGGCCUCAGGAAAGAGGGCAGAAAUUGGACAAAACUUGCAGCGCCAGCUAACUACUCCGCGGGCUGCAGAGGACGAAACGGCAAUCCGAGAAUUUACGCAGUGCCGACGCGGAGGGUGCAGGGUCAAUCCCCGCCGAAGGCUUUAAGCCACGGCGCGCGGGAAACCCUGCGCCCCGCGCAGACUGACUGGCGCGCGGGGGCAGAGAGGUGCCCAAUGUCUCAAGCCAAACUGAGUUGUUUUUGUGUCUUUCUGUUUUUGCUUCGGUCCACGACAUCGGACAAACAUUGAUUAGCUCGAGCCUUGUGCUGCUGAUCAUCAAUAGACGAGCCCACGCCACAACGCUCGGCUCCAAUGUCAAAUGACCAUCCAAAAAGAGGCCCGGCUGGGCGAAAAUUCCUGGAGGCGUGCCUACUGUCCGCGUGCCGUGCGAGUCUUCGGACACCAUCUGCCUGUCUAUGAGUUUCUUCAUCCGACGCUGCAUCCGGCGCCGCUGCGUUCGAUUCGGCGAAUCGAACGCCAGAGACGGGCGGUCCAAGCCGCCGCCGCUGCUCGUGUCCUCCACCGGGAAGGCGGGCCAUGGGAUCUCCGCCUCGCGCCAAGCGCCAAGCGGGGUCUGCUCAUCGAACGGGGCACUGGCCCGUACCAGGCCCGCGGGCCACGGGAGCUCCUCCUCGCGGGGCAAGACGGGCGCCCUGACCGGGUUCCGCUGCCACCCGCCCUCGAUGCUCCUCGUGGCCACGGCGCAGGUGUCGAAGCUCUUCCGCGUCACGACAGCGGAGGCACACGCCUGUCUGGAAAGCAUGGCGUCUGCGAGAGGCGGACCGCCUCGGUGCUCGCUGAACGCGGCCGGGGGUGUAGGGGGGAACGCAGCACCAGGGAUCGAGCGCUGGAGCGUCAUGGCCUGAGCCAAGAUGGUUACGGCAAAGCCAUCAUGGGUGUUUUUGGAGCGCCCUUCGCAGGGCCGAAAAUGGGUCCAGGGGGCCACAUUCGGUUGCCCAGGCGGUGGACCGAUCUGUC